ACAGAUCCAUCCAUGGAGAGCGGAGGCGACGCCGGCGAUCGGCGGUGGCCGGAGUCGCAGGGGAACGAAGAGAAGUCACAGGUUCCUAGCUCCCUCGAUCCAAACAACACGGAGGAUGAACACCAGGAGGAGAACAACUCGGAGGACGAGGAAGAAGAGCAAGAGGAAUUCUUGUACGAAAUCGAUGACGACCACUAUGUGCCGGAAACCUACGGCUUCAUGGGCUGCAAGCACAGCGACGGAUCCAUCUACAGGCCCGACUCCCACCCAUUCCACCGCCACUACCGCCUGGGCGACACCCGCGAGACUCGCCUGUGGCCCAAAAGGCUGACGAGUCCGACCGAUCGUUGCCGCCCAUGCUGGAACGCUUGUGAGGUACACGUCGGCUGCCGCAUGAUGCAAAUCUUCUCCGUCAAGAUAGCAGCUCUGUCCGCCGCCGCCGAUGACAACAGCGGCGCUCCGGUUCAGAUCUACGGCUUCAUGGCUGCCAGGGACCUAUAUGAACCACUGCGUAACUAUGUCUUCAACCGCAGCCGGGAUGAUCCCUUCGUUCUGCCCGGCCACUACUCCGAUCCCGAUUCGCUCAUAAAAAUGUCGGGCCCUAAGCGAGGCAUCUCGCUGCAAAACCCUGCCUUGAUCGAGUACGACCUCAAGAUCAAGAAAGGGGAGGAGGAAAAGGAUGACUUGUAGCUCAUCGACGGGGUGACCAGCUUCAGCGACCUUACACCAUUCCACGGGGUGUAUAGCCGGCGGAUCCAUGGCAUCCAUGGCACCGUAGAUAUCAGCUUAGCACUUAUCCGCGAUGGGAAGGAAGGCACUAUACAAGUCAGGAUUCUGAGGCUAAUAAAUGACGGCAUACACCUAUCCCUCUCUUGCUUAGUCCACCAAAUACCUGAGGAAAUCAAGCUCUUCGAUGGCAUCGUUGCUAAGCCAUCAUAUCUCGGUGACUUUGUGGUUGCCGCACCCCUACGCACUGUGCUAAUUCUGGAUUUCAAGAUUACGCCGGUGGGUGCGGCGGUGGCUGUCAGCAAAAAUGAUGACUCCAAGCAUAUCCGUCGCUUCUGCAACUUCAAGGUUACCGCUCAUUUAGGUACUAUUGAACGAAUCCACCAUGAUUUCGCAACUAUAGAUACGGUGCUUCAGUGAUCGAAUUUGAUGGAGUAAUUCACUAGACUAGUGGUGCUUUUGUCCCCUCUGUUCGUUUCAUCAAUUCGGCAUGUCAUUUAAUCCUCGGAAUAUUAUCUCUAAAGGACUCAUGACGAAUUUUAU